AUGGCAUCAGUAACUCAAUCGUCCCUCAUUUUCCGCCUCAACGAAGACGUUCUCCGAUACAUAUUUUCUCUUAACGCAAACGUUCCGGAAUCAUACAAUACUACUCUCUGGUGGAGAAAGUCAGAUGCCCCAUUGACGGUUACACGCUGUUUAGAUUUAGAGUUGCUGGAAGGUGGCACCAAUGAGUGGCGCAAUGAGGUCGUCAGAAGAACGGGCAAUUGUCUCCUCACUGUUAUAGGCCCAAUGCCUCCAAUCCCAAGACACAACGAGUCCAUGCUCGAAUUCCUGGAUCUUUUCAUGGAUACAAACUGGACGCGCAUUCGUCGGCUUGUUGUCGACGAAUUUUUGUAUGAUAAUUGGGAAGAGCUGCUCAAACGACCUGCACCAAAUCUGGAACAACUUUGCAUUGAGAACGAGGAUAUUGAUAAACUCUUUUACGAUAUAAAUGGCGGUACAUUAUUUUCUGGCACUUCUCCCAGGUCCCUUCGCAAGGUUCAAAUAUGUUUCCGGGUCACAAUUGAUCCAUUUCAUCCUUGGUACAGCAACCUCCGUCACUUUGAUGAUUUUUGCGUCGAUAAAUUUUCUGCUUCACAGCUGCUGCAUGCUCUACAGCUGCUAACACAUCUUGAAACAUUGGAGAUUCGGAACAAUCUCUCCGAUUACCAUGUCGACCAAUCUUUAAUACCUGUGAACAUGCCAAACCUCACAUCCCUCAUUAUUGAAUCCAACAUUAUGACAGUGAUUCCAUUGUUGAGAUACAUUGUGACUGGGCCAUACCAUUCCUUUCUUUUUGAGGAUUUGGAUCGCAAUGAUCAUUUAUCUCCAGAGGUUGUGACAAGCUAUAUGGAUAUUGGUGGUGCCUUGUCAACAUUUCUUCGACGACAGUCUUAUCAACAUCGCACCUUCCCGCACUUCUUCUAUGACGAGAAGAGCGAUAUUGGGCAGUUCUACAUAGGUGAUGGGUCUGGACUGUUUUACAUAGACCUGGUGGUCAAUGCAAUUAUUGGGUCCAACGAUGGGGACAAUUGGCCAGACAUCGCUUCCCAGUUCAAUGCUGCACUAUUAUCUGGACUAGCAGGUUCUGUUUUGGCUACUACAACACUUUCCCUAGAAAUGUGUCGACUCCCAUCGCAUGUUGACUCUAUGCUUGCCUUUUUCAAACAAUUCAGAAAUGUGAUCAAUCUGGAAACCGACGCGAAAACCCUCAAAAUUAUCAGAGAAGCAGAAAAAACUCACCAAGGAGGAGAUCUUGGGAGCACAAUACUUUUCCCCUCUGUGCGUCUUGUUAAGCUAAGCUACCAGCCUAUUUUCAACGAAAUAGAAAUAAAAGAACUAUUUCUGUUUGUCAAAGCUCGCAAGGACAAUGCACUACCCCUAGAUAAAAUUUCCAUCUGCUAUCCCAUUUCAAAGACUAUGAAGGAAGAUACCUUGUGGAGAGAUUUGGCCAGCGAGUAUGACAUACAAGUGGAAUUUAGACCUUGA